AAACUACAUCUCCCAUGCUCCCGUCUCCAAGAAGCAGGCAGUCAUGCGGAUGGUAACAGUAGUGGGCAUCCGCUGUACCGCACGAAGAAGAAACUUCGAGGAAAGAUGCACGAAGAGGAUGGCAGUGAAGCUAACUCCUGCACAGUUCCCCGCGUUGUUGCCUCCAAGUCUGUGGAUGUGGCCGAUGUCGAGGGCACGAAGGAGCAGGCCUCCAAGCUGUGCGGCUACUUGAACAAACUGUCCGGCAAGGGGCCUCUGAGGGGGUACAAGCUGAGGUGGUUCGUGUAUGAUCCGAGGAAAUGUUAUUUGUAUUACUUCAAGACUCCUCAAGAUGCCUUGCCACUCGGGCACAUCGAAAUAGGCGAUGCGUGCUUCAGCUACGAUGCGGAGGGGGAAGAGGGUCAGUUUGAGAUCCGCACGGACGGGAAGGAGUUUCUCCUGAAGGCCCCCAGCAGGCAGGUGAUGCAUUACUGGCUCCAGCAGUUACAGCAGAAACGUUGGGAGUACAGCAACACACGAGGCUCCGGUCAGAGAGACAGCUGGAGCUCCCCCACCCUGGCCUACCCUCCCACCGGCCUCGUAGGCAAAGACAAUGAUGCGUUGGUCUUUGAGAAGCUAAGUGACAGCAUGGAGAAGGUCCGCAGCGACUUUGCAAUGGAGACAGAAACAGAUGGCGGGGGAAUGGUGGGGAUCCAGUCAGCCAGAGGGCCUUCUGCUGCGUCCACAAACCCCCUCAACUUCUCCCUCAAAACCUUUGGUACAGAACUCAGGAACUCCAUGUCUUACCUGCGACCGGGGAGAGGAGGUGAGAGCAGACGCAGUGUGUUUUACACCAGCAACAGCAGCGCAGAGGAGUGGGAGCUGGUGGAUGCUCCACCCAAGGACUUCCCUGAACAGAAACAUCAUCCAGACACACACAGACAUUCCUUUGGAUCAGCGUUUACUUUUGACUUUGUGCGCAACUCAUCACGGCCUAAGAGGCCUUUGCUUCGAGACAUGAUGGGCUCUGGGAGGUUUGGGCGCAACGCUGAGACACGGAGUGCCGAGAGCUCUCCAGUGGUGUGUAAUGGCAGCAAACCCAUGGAGCAGCAGCUUCGCCUCCAGAACCAACAGGAAGAACUAAGCCGCAUGCAGCGGGAAGAAGCCAAACUCAGAGAAGAGCUGGCCAGUCAGAAGGAGCUGGUGAGACUUCUGCAGCAGACUCUGAGAACCUCCCAGUGUGAUAGGCAGCCAGUGUGCCGUCCAGCCGCGGCUCCAGAUUCAUCUGCGGUUUCAGACCAGACUCAAGGUUCAGCAAUAACCCAGGAAGAGAUCACCCAGCUGGAGGCCCUGCUUCAGGAAAGAGAUGGACAGAUCCAGUCCUUGUGUGGCCACAUGGAGCGUCUCGCCCUGGAGAAGGAAAGUCUGCAACAAGAGCUGAAGGGCCUGAAAAUAAAGGUGGGGGAGAUAAACGACCAGCUGGGGAUGCUGAUGGAGACCAUCCAGGCCAAGGAUGAAGUCAUCAUCAAGCUGUCACAGCAGAGCUCCGAGCAGAGUGGCAAUUUAAAUGAUGCCGGUUCACCACUUCCCAACAAAGAUCAGCAGGAGCUGGAUAUCCUCAAGGACAGUCUUCAAGGCUACAAAUCCCAGAACAAGUUCCUAAACAAAGAGAUCCUGGAGCUGACAGUAUUACGCAGAAAUGCAGAGAGUAGAGAAAAGGCUUUAGAAGCAAAGAAUACGGCCUUGGAGGCCAAGUUGUGUCAGGUGGAGAGUAAGUAUCUGGUGCUGCUUCAAGAAAUGAAAACCCCAGUGUGUUCGUCUUCAGAGCAGAGCCCAGCCGGCGAUGUCAUUUCCAGAUUAUUAGAAGAUGCGCUGCAGGCAGAGAGCCCAGACCAGCAAGAGCACCACAUCUUUAAACCAAAUACUGUCAGUGAGUAUGACGUGUUUGGCUUCAAGACGGUCCCUGAGGAGGAGGAAGAGGAGGAGAAGCUGGUUGCGAAGGUGAGAGCUCUGGAGCUGAAGUCCCUAUCCAUGACAGAUCAGGAGGUGUCCGUCGGGGUGAAGUGGGAGAACUAUCUGGCCAGCACCAUGAACAGAGACCUGGUGCGCUCCCCUGAGCUCAAAGCCCUGAUCCGCAGCGGUGUGCCCCAUGAGCACCGGUCCAAGGUGUGGCGCUGGUGUGUCUCCUUCCAUGUCAAGAAGUUCCGGGACCACUUAGCGCCCGACUAUUAUGAGACCUUACUAAAUGUGGCCCGGGAGAAGCCCAACCCGGCCUCGAAGCAGAUCGAGCUGGAUUUACUGCGUACUUUGCCCAACAAUAAGCACUAUGCUUCCCCAAGUGCAGGCGGCAUCCAGAAACUCAGGAACGUCCUGGUGGCUUUCUCCUGGAGGAAUCCAGAUAUCGGCUACUGCCAGGGACUAAACAGGCUGGCAGCUAUUGCCUUGCUCUAUCUGGACCAAGAGGAUGCUUUCUGGAGCCUUAUAGCCAUUGUGGAGGUCUUCAUGCCAAGAGACUAUUACACCAAGACUCUGCUUGGCUCUCAGGUUGACCAGCGUGUGUUCAAGGACCUCAUGAGUGAGAAGCUACCCCGGCUUCAUGCCCACUUUGAGCAGCACAAGGUAGACUUCUCCCUCAUCACCUUCAACUGGUUCCUAGUGGUGUUUGUGGACAGUGUGGUGAGCGACAUCCUCUUCAAGAUCUGGGAUGCCUUUUUCUAUGAAGGUCCAAAGAUCAUAUUUCGUUUCGCCCUCGCUCUCUUCAAGCACAAAGAAGAGGAGUUUUUGAAGUUGCAGGAUUCCACAACCAUCUUCAAAUAUCUUAGAUACUUCACACGCACAAUCCUGGAUUCAAGGAAGCUGAUGAACAUUGCUUUUGUGGACAUGAACCCGUUUCCCAUGCGGCAAAUCCAGAACCGCCGCUCCUUCCACCUGGAGAAGGUCCGUCUUGAGCUGACCGAGCUGGAGGCGAUCCGACAGACCUUCCUCAGGGAGAGAGAGACGCGUCAGGAGAGACGGAGCUUCGUCAGCGAUGAUGAGGAGGAUAACUGACCUUAAGCUUGUCACAUUUCCUGGCCUUGUGGCUGAAGUAUGAAGACAAAGAGAUAAUCUCCGCACACCAGUGUUACGUUGCAGUGGUAAAGGGAUUUUUCCUAAAGAAUUGUCAGAGUUGGUCUCUGAAUCAGAGCCAGACCAAUCUUUCUAUGAAUUUUGAGUGAAAUCGCAUCAAAAGACCAAAACGUUAAAGGCCAAACGCUUUCUAUCAGUAUUCCUGCCUUUUUUUGUAAACGCCUGUAUGCUUGUGUGUUUAUGUGACAGCAAAAACAGCACACUUUACCAUGGCUCUUCAACUUUCAGUGCCAAGCUACACUCUUGCAGUGCAAAUCAGUAUUUUAUUUUUUUUUUAAACACGGCAGUGUAUCUUUUAAUAGUUGGGUUUUAUGCCUGUUGAAGGAAUGAUUGUAUUUUUUUUUUGUCUUGUUUUCAUCAGGAUUCAGAUUUUUUUGUUUUGCUUUCUCUGGCCCUGCUUCCUUUCUGAAAUGUCUUUAAAAUAGUCUGCCAAAAUCUUUAUAUGUAUAAAAUAUUAUUAUCAUAGUUUUAUUUAAUUUUUUCCUCCCACAUUGCCACUCAACAACACAUCUUUUGUGUUUGAUCGCUGUCUCUCUUGAUGCACUUGAAUCACUUGUGCUGAAAUUCAAACUCUGCUGAAGCUUAAAAUUAAAGUGUUAGAGCCCUCUGAUCACUAGGUCGUUCCAGAAUUGUACAUCAUUCCAGCCUCUAGGGGUGUUUGUGGUUCAAAAAGAAUACAUGCAAAGAUUUAUCAUCAAACCUACGAUCAAAAACAAAAUCUUCCCAUGUAUUACCAUUAACAGCAUGUGAAACAUUUUGUAGAAGACUAUGUUUGUAUUUUUAUAUUUUGUUUUUGUAUCUCAGGAUUCAGAUCAAAUAAUUAGAGACACACCAAUUGAGCCAUCAUACUAACUGUCAGUCAGUGUUGUCUUUUUAAGUAAUAUCGGUCAGUCCAGAUCUAUAUUGGCAGAUUUUUAGGAGUAUCACUCUUAAUAUUGUCAAGUUAUUUUAUAUAUAUAUAUAUUAUAGUACCACUUAAUAACUUUUUCCCAAAGAUGUAUCUGAAAAGCUCAAACUGUUUUGCACCUACGUUUGUACUUAAAAUGUACUUAAAAAUGUUAUAACAGCCACUAAAUUUGGUUAGGAGAGUAUUUGAAAUUGGCAUUGACUUCAGCCCCAUGUCAGUGGAUCCCUACAAAUGACCUUAUCUGAUCUUUUCUAUUACAACUAUUCUAAAAUAUGUGUAUUAAGAUAUUUUAAUUUGCCCUAGAAAUGCCUCUUCCUAGGAGUACUGCUCUUUAGUGUAAUGUUUUGUUUGUAACAUCCUUGAAUUUUCCAAGCAUUAGUUGGGACUGUUAGGUGUUUAAAGGAUUCAGUUUCUUCUGACUAAAACUUAUUUUUCAAAGAUAUGCAGUACAUGGAUAAUGCUGGGAUUACUUUUCUGAGCCCUGUCUGAAAAUGCUGAUGUAUUUGCAUUCAUUGUCCUCAGUGUGGCAGUAUAACAUUUGUCUGCCCAGUGUUUACAGUAGUUCACAGGUACCAUCCACACAGCAUGAUUUUAAAGUUUAUUAUACUGUAUUUCAACUUAGGAUGAAGUGGCUGUGAAGUGAGGCUGUCGACAUGAUUGUUGUGUGAAAAUGGAAUUAUGAUUUGUAAUCUAUGAGGGAAGUAUUUCAGGAGUUUGCUAGACAUGUAUAGCAACUUGUUUCUGUCUUCCACAUACAGGUAUGUACAGAUGACGGUUUACGCUUUAGUAAAAUAUUCUCUACUACACCUGUUUUACAAUUUACUGGUAUGAAAAAGUUGAUAUUCCACACAUCAAAACUUGUUGAGAAAGAAACCAUGUUUAAAUUUGGUCAAUCAACAGUGUAAAACAGAUUAAAUGCGAAUCUACAAUAGAGUUUUUCUCUCUUAACCCUUCUCUUGUGUGCUGAUAUAUUGUUUACAGUUUGUUAUAACUUUUAAUUACCUUUCUUUUUUAUUUUACUUUGAGCUGUUUACAACAAUGUAUUUGCUGUUAAUUACAGAAUUGACAACCUUUAUUCUGCUGCAGUAUUGUCAGCCAUGGCAUCAUUACUUUUUUGUUGGACCACCUCAAUUAUGGUUGUUUUGAUGAUGGAAUGUGAAUGUGAAUGAAAAAAGGCCUGUGUAAUUAGAAAUCGAAUUAGUUUUUCUUCAUGAGAGCAGGCCUCUCUAAAGAUCAAAAUCUCCAAGCUUGAUCGGUUUAAGUUUUCUUUGGUCCGCUCACUUUGUCAAAGGGCUCAUACAGUAGUUUUAAAUGUUUGCUCAUAUUGCAAUACACAGCUUCUGUUCUGCAGCUAGUUUGCGUACAUUUGUUUUCUUAAUUUUCACAUUGAAUAAGCUACAUUUAAUGUUAUCAUCUUUUCUUUCCUUUCUGUCUUUUCUCUUUCAUUUCUUUGGCUUUUCCCAGCAAUGUUGCACAAGUGUAUUGACAAGUUGCAUUCAGAAUAUUAUUGGGCACUUCACUUUUUUGUAUGUAAAUCUCUAUGGCAUCUUGUUCAUUCUUAAUCUGUAUCAUUUAAUGAUGAAAAGUGCAACACUUUUAUGUUACAGAAUUAAGUACUGCACGGCACUGUAUGUUUUUGCAAUACCAGUUAAAAGACAAAUUCAAUAAACAAUGACUCAGUG